UUUCUUUUGUCGCUUCAAUUAGUGGUUAGUCUCGAGUUAGACAAUCCAAACCUACCUAUGGAUUUUACCGCGUUCGGUUGACGUUGACUGUCAGCCAAUCCAAUGGUGGGCUAGACUUUUGUGCUCGCGUGUCUGAGCAAGAAUCCUCACGAGGCUGGCUAGCACGCAGAUACAUGCUCACACCGCGUCGAUAGUGGUAUACAGUCACCGGGGUUUGGAUCGGGCCUCACCGAUCAAAGUCCCCGGUCCGCGUGGCCACCCUCUUGAUAGAUUGCAUAUAACCCUUUAGGUCUGGAGCUGGCGAUACUGUUGAAACUCGUUCCAUCUGUAAUCUGGACAACUGUGAUAAUCCCCUUUUCAGUAAACCUCAAUACCCAUAAUGAGCGGCUCAAUGUCGAUGUCCAUGUCUGACAUGGCCAGCAUGACCAUGUCCACAGCCACCAGCACUGCCACAGCAGCAACGGCGACGUCGUCGGCCAUGAGCAUGAGCAUGGGGUCGGCAUCAUCCUGCAAGAUUUCUAUGUUGUGGAAUUGGAACGUCAAGAACGCCUGCUUCCUCUCGCGUAGCUGGCAUAUCACGAGCAAUGGCAUGUUUGCGGCAUCCUGCAUUGGAGUCGCGUUCCUUGUGGUCAGCUUGGAACUACUGCGUCGAUUGAGUCGAGAAUACGAUGUCUUCAUCCUGCGUCAGUUUCAACGGAACAUCGCCGCUGCGUCGCCCGACUACAAACGCCCCAAUUGUGCGGAUUCAUGUCGACCAGGGCCACAAUACGCAACAUUCCGACCGACUCCUCUUCAGCAGCUCGUCCGAUCGGCACUCCAUGCGGCGACAUUUGGCGUGGCGUAUAUCGUGAUGCUGUUGGCAAUGUACUACAACGGGUACAUCAUCAUCUCCAUCUUUCUCGGCGCGUUUCUGGGCAAGUUUCUCUGUGACUGGACAGUGCACCACGUCCCGAUUGCGGGCGUCUUGGACGACGCAAGGGGAGGGACGGUCGAGGAGCCGACCGUAUGUUGCGGCUAAGAGGAGAAUUGCCAGCACAGCAAAGUCAACGAGUGCUGCUGAUAGGUACAUGCAAUGGCGGGCUCAAACGAAAAUACAUUGGUGCUGUCUCUGUUCCCUGGGACUCGCGGGGUCCAUCCAGUUCAUGGGCAGUCCGAUUUGUAUUUUUAGUCUCGGCCACGUCCAGACUCUCUUGAGAAAGCUCCCUUCUUCAAGACAACUUGAAACACCGAAAGCAAUUCACAAAUUAAAAUCAUGCAUAGAUUUUGCAUCUAAUGGUUUGAUGUCGUUCCCUA